AUGGCGAAGGGCGUCGGCGGCGGGGAGCCCAUACCGCUGUCGCGGUUCGGCGCGCUGGUGGCCCAGCUGGAGUCCGUGGUGGCAUCGGCCCGGCAGAAGACCCCCGACGCGCUGCUCUGCUUCGACCUCCUCUCCGAGCUCUCCUCCGCCAUCGACGAGGCCCCCAAGGAUACCAUACAACUUUGGCAAAGGAAAUGUGAGGAUGCUCUCCAAUCCUUGCUUGUCCUUGGGGCUCGGCGCCCAGUUCGGCGCUUGGCGUCAUCAGCGAUGGGCCGGAUUAUUGAGAAAGGCGAUGUGAUAUCUGUAUACUCAAGGGCAAGUAACUUGCAGGGGUGGUUGGUUGAUGUGAAAAGGGCGGAGGCCAUUGCAUGUGCAGGUGCAGCACAAUGUCUGGGGGAAAUUUACCGUUUAUUUGGACGCAAGAUUACUGCAGGGCUGAUUGAGACAUCAAGCAUUGUAGCUAAACUCAUGAAGUAUCAUGAGGACUUUGUGAGACAAGAUUCUCUUCUCUUGCUUGAGAAUGCAUUGGAAGGCUCUGGUGGUGGUGGUGCUGCUGCAGCUUAUCAGGAGGCUUUCCGUAUCAUCAUGCGAGGAGGUGUAAGUGAUAAAUCAUUCAUUGUCAGAGUAGCGGCAGCACGGUGCUUGAAGGCAUUUGCUAAUAUUGGUGGGCCUGCGUUGGGGAUGGCUGAAUUCGAUUCUUCCAUGUCUUAUUGUGUGAAGGGUUUGGAAGAUAGUGUAUCUUCAGUUAGAGAUUCAUUUGCCGAAGCACUUGGUGCCAUACUUGCUCUUUCAGUGAACCCAGAUGCCCAGGUGAAGAAAGGUGGGAAAAAACAAACUGCUUCUGCAAAGAAAAUUGAAGAUGGUGUACAGAAGCAUUUGAUUGUGCCAUUUGUGAAAGCAAAUGGAGCUAAUGCAAAGAAACUCCGGAUUGGUUUGGCUUUAUCAUGGGUGUUCUUUCUGCAUAUGAUUCAUAUGAAGUAUGGCACCCCAGAUAGCGAACUUCAAAACUAUGCCAUACAAGCAAUGGAAAUUCUCCAAGGGAAUGAUUCCCCUGAUCCACAUGCACUGGCAUGUGUUCUUUAUGUUCUUCGAGUUGGUGUCGCGGAUCAGAUGAUUGAGCCGACGCAACGUGAAUUUUUGGUAUUUCUGGGAAGAAAGCUGGAGUCUUCGAACUACACAGCUCCGAUGAGAGUGGCAACACUACGCAUUUUGUCUUACCUGUUGAGAAGCGUGGGUGAGGUUCCAGCUGAAUUCAAGGAUGUACUUGAUAACACAGUUGUUGCAGCAUUAUCUCAUUCUUCUGCUCAUGUCCGUGUGGAGGCAGCUUUAACAUUGCGUGCUUUAGCAGAGGUUGAUCCUACUUGUGUAGGUGGUUUAGUUUCAUAUGGUCUUACAACAUUGCAAGCUCUUAGAGAGACUGUAUCAUUUGAUAAGGGCAAAAGUUUGAACCUUGAGCUCGACUCACUACAUGGACAGGCCACUGUGUUAGCUGCUCUUGUUGCAAUAUCGCCAAAGUUGCUUCUUGGUUAUCCUGCGAGGCUGCCCAAGUCUGUACUUGAAUUAUCCAAAAAAAUGCUGAAUGGUUUCAGUCGAAAUCCAGUGGCUGCUAUUGCAGAGCGUGAAGCCGGUUGGUUGCUUUUAGCUUCUCUUCUAGCAUCCAUGCCAAAAGAGGAGCUGGAAGACCAGGUGUUUGAUGUUCUUUUGCUAUGGGCUGGUCCUUUUACUGGAAAUCCUGAAUCUUACCUUCGUCAUAUACAGGAUUGGGCAUCAGAAUUGCGAGCUCUAUCCCUCAUAUCUUCGUUGAGAUCUAAACAAGUGCCCAAUGUAAGGUCUGCGCUGGACCUACUCACAACUAGAACAUUGAUGGCAUAUCGGUCCCUUUCGAAUCCAGUGGUAUAUAAAACCGAGCACCAGCAGAUGCUUCAGCUAUGCUCAAGUCCAUUCAGUGAUCCUUCUGGAUGGGAAGAAAGCUCAUGCUUGAAGUUUUUGUUGGAUAAGAGAGAUGCUUCGCUGGGUCCAUGGAUACCUGGAAGGGAUUCAUUUGAGGAUGAAUUACGUGCUUUUGAUGGUGGUGCUGACGGGUUUCUACCGUGUGUGUGGGAUGAUGAAAUCAGCAACUUCCCUCAGCCAGAGUCAAUUCGCAAAAUGCUUGUCAACCAGAUGCUUCUCUGUUAUGGUUCCAUAUUUGCAUGUCAGGAAAACACUGUCAAGAUAAGCCUCUUGAACAAUCUUGACCAGUGCCUGAAGUCUGGGAAGAAGUACCUGUGGUUUAAGUUUCUCGUUACAAAUGCAUGUGUUGCUCUAUUGUCAGGGUUAAAGGAAUUCCUCACUUUACGUGGUGCUAAAUCAUUGCCAAUUGAUAUAUUAAGUAUGAUCCAGUCCAUAUUCAAGGCCAUUUUAGUAGAGCCUGAAAUUUCUACAGCACAGCGACGAGCAGCAUGCGAGGGUCUCGGUUUAUUAGCACGAGUUGGGAAUGAUAUCUUUACAGCAAGGAUGGCUCGCUCUCUUCUUGGAGAGCUGGUAACAGCAACAGAUCUGGGCUAUACAACUUCGGUUGCAUUUUCACUGGGUUGCAUCCAUCGAAGUGCUGGAGGAAUGGCAUUAUCUACUCUGGUUACCCCAACUGUGAGCUCACUAUCUCAUUUGAGUACAAGCUCUAAUUUCAAUCUGCAGUUGUGGUCACUGCAUGCUCUUCUUUUAACCAUUGAAGCUGCUGGCUUGUCUUAUGUCUCCCAAGUUCAGGGGACACUUUUCCUUGCUAUGGAGAUUCUCCUCUUGGAAGAAAAUGGAUAUGUGGAUCUUCGACAGGGAAUUGGUCAUCUUAUCAAUGCAAUAGUUGCUGUUCUUGGUCCAGAGCUUGCUCCUGGUAGUACAUUCUUUUCGCGUUGCAAGUCUGUCAUUGCAGAGAUAAGUUCCUCAAAUGAAAUGGCUACGCUUUUAGAAUCGGUUAGAUUUGCCCAGCAGCUUGUUCUUUUUGCUCCUCAAGCUGUUCCUGUGCACUUGCAUGUUCAAGGUCUUAUCCCAACGCUUUACUCAAGACAGCCAAGUCUUAGGUAUUUAGCAGUGUCGACACUGCGUCAUCUGAUUGAAAGGGAUCCGGCUGCAAUGAUUGACGAGAAUAUUGAAGAGAAUCUGUUCAGUAUGCUUGAUGAGGAGACAGAUUCUGAAAUAGCGAUGUUGGUUCGUACAACAAUUAUUCGCUUAUUGUAUACAUCAUGUCCACUACGUCCAUCACGGUGGCUGGCAGUUUUACAAAAUAUUGUUCUUGCUACGUCAAUUAGAAGAAACACAGGUGAAGUUCUGUCAAGUUUUGGACAUAAUCCCCCUGAUAGCACAUCUGAGAAUGAUGUGUACUAUGGAGAAGAUGAAGACAACAUGAUUUCCAGCUCAAAGCAGGAGCAAGUCCACUGGGCUGGUUCUAUAUCCAGCCAGUUUCCUCCAAGGAAUAAGCACCUCAGAUAUCGUACCAGGGUUUUCGCUGCAGAAUGUGUUAGCCAUGUACCAAUUGCAGUUGGAGCAGAACCUGCUCAUUUUGACCUCUUGUUGGCAAGGAGCGCAAUAUCUAAAGGGACUUAUCUGUCAAAUGAUUGGCUAGUGCUUAAGCUACAGGAACUGGUCUCACUUUCAUAUCAGAUAUGUACUGGCCAAUUUGAAGGAAUGCAACCAAUAGGCGUGAAGCUUUUGUGUUUGAUAAUGGACAAGUUUGGCAAGGCAGUAGAUCCUGAAUUUCCUGGCCAUAUCUUGUUGGAACAAUUUCAGGCCCAACUUGUUUCUGCUGUUAGAAUGGCUAUAAGCACUGCUUCUGGCCCACUUCUUUUGGAUGCUGGACUUGAACUCGCUACAAGGGUUAUGACGAGCAGCAUAAUUGGUGGGGAUAGAGUAGCUCUUAGUCGUUUGUUUUCUCUGAUAACACGCCCAUUAAGUGACAUAGAGGGCCUAUUUUAUCCAUCUUUUGCUGACUGGGUAGUGUGCAAGAUAAAGGUUCGCCUUCUAACUGCCCAUGCAGCAGUCAAGUGUAACACCUAUCAAUUCUUGAGGAUGAAGGAAAAUGCUCCUAAUGAAUACCAGCAAUUGGUACCUUCACUUGUAAACAGCUCAACUCUAUUAGGAAAAUACUGGAUUCGAGCACUCAAGGAUUAUGUUUCUAUAAGUUUUGGUUUGCACUCAAAAAUCAAUUACAAGCCAUUCCUUGAUGGGAUUCAGUCAUUAUUAGUCUCGUCCAAGGUGCAGAGGUAUCUUGAUGAAGUUUGGUUAUUAAUUCUUCAAGCAACAGCUCUUGAUGCUGCGCCUGUGGAAUUUGACGAGAACAAGCCCGAAAAUUUACUUGAACAAACAUUUAUAUCUGGGCAUUGUAUGGUCAAAUUGGACAGAAGUGAAUUCCAAUUUCUUUGGGGGUUAUCUAUCCUUGUGCUGUUUCAUUCAUGCCAAUCAGUGAAGAAUAAUUCUUUGAAGAUCAACCUUGACUCUAGACAAGACAAAAUGUUUGGGGAAUUUAUUGUUCACAGACUAGAUAAUAAAAAACCAUGUGAUCAGGUCUUACCCGUGCUGUUGUCCCUCACAACAGAAGUCUUUUUCAGCAAUAAUUUCCUUUCAGUGGAUAUUUGCCAGGAACUCCUCCAGGCACUUACAUAUGCUGAUUGUUCAAGUGCUCCUAUCAUCCUCCUAUUCACCCAGAUUAUCAGAUUCUGCCCUGACAAUUUUUUUGAGGUUGAAGCCUUUGUCUCCUCUGCAUUAGAGUUAUUGUCUCGGUAUCUUGGUGUGAUACUUCAAUGUAGGGGUGGGAGUUCUCAGAAUCAUUCAAAUAACACUUUGAUUUCUGAGUUGUCUAUUGCAAGUGAGACGAUGGCUUGUCGGAUCAAAGGAGAGUGUGAAAAUGGGCGUAUCUGUGUUGCCACCCCCAGCCCCCAAAAGCCAAACAAUCUGGCAAAAGAAAGAGCUGAAUCAGAUGGUGAGUGCACGAGUCCUAAAGUUGUCUUCGGUGCUAUGGUUGGCCUAGUGGGAUACUUCUAUAUAGAGUGUGAUAAGAAGAUCUCAUUGCUCGAAAACAAGAUUUCUGAUUCCUACAAGCUGUUGACAAAGAUACUACUUUUUUGCUUGGGAGAAGCUACUGCUCUUGCAAAACUUGUUCCUGAGAUCGUUUAUCAAAGUGAAAAUGUAAGUAACAAUGAUGUGCUCCUUUGGGGCAGCUUCAGGCUGUGCGUACAGGUUAUUCAGGGUUCACUUCGUAGUACCAACAUACAGAUGCGCAUGCUGGGUCUGCAUGUACUGAGAAGCUAUCCACAGGAGGAGCUAACUGAAGGUUCAGAAACAAAGAUGGAUUCUUUUAUGAUGUUGCUUACGGAAUUGCUGGGAGACUUGUUUUUGGUGAUGCAGACUACGCUGAAGGAAUGUUCAAACAAAGAAUCUGUCAGUGUCAUUGAUGAAUGUUUGAAACUUCUUUUCCUCUUCCACACACUAGCACAAUCAAAGAGAUACCAACAAGAUGCUACAACUCUUCUGCUGGAGGCCUUGCUGAUGAUUUUCAAUCUGUCCAGUGAUACUGUUUCACAGGAGCUUGCUGAAGUGAACACCAUUUCCAGAAAGUUGUUCUCUCAUUUUAUUCAGAUUCCGUCUGUGGCUAUACAGAUCAAAGAUAUAAUGCUUUCUGCACCACCUGAAAGGAGACUACAGCUUCAGGACAUGGUCCGAGCUUCAGUCAGUCAAGGCCAGAUAACGGUGCCAGCGGCUAUGAGUGCACACUCAGAACAGAAUAUCCAGGAUAGUAGCAGUAAAAACCCUGGGUCCACUGCUGAAGGUUCUGAUUGUGUUGCAACUCACGGGAAGAAUGAAAAUGAAGUUGAUGAUGACUGGGAUGACGACUGGGACACUUUCCAAUCUCUUCCUGCAAGUGCAAAUGAUGGUGUUGAUUCUGGAGAAAUCUCUCUUACAACUAGAUAUAAUGAACAGACCCCACAGGAAAAUAGCAGUCACGGUUCUAGUAGUGUGGAUAUUACAGCUGGUGCUAUGGAAGACAUAACUUGUGUAGACAAGGAACUUGAGGAGCCCUCUGAUUUGCAAUUCUCAACAGAUGAACUGCCGGAGGUUCAUGAAGACAUUGAUCAAGUAAUUGAAGAUACCAAAGUUGUCUCUGCAGAAAUUCAUGGGAUUGAAGUGGAUGUCCAUGAUGACAUUGUUGAAGAUGAUUCCCCAAUAAAUUCAAACAAUCUGUCAGAUAUCACAGAGGAUGAGUCCAAGGGUUGGGACAAUGCAUCGAGGGUUGACGGCAAGUUUGUCACGGAUGACCGUAGAGAAGAGCUGUCAGGUUCCUCUGAUGCUGACACACCAGAUUUUAGUAUGUCAGGAAAUGUGAUGAGCGAGAGCGGAGGAAAUGUCCAACUUAGGGGCUGA